ACCAUUCACUUCCAAUCUUCUUCUUCUUCUUUCUUCACUGGUUUUCAGAUUCUGGGUUGUGCUCUGUUUUUCUGAUUUCAAAACCAUGGUGAAACUCAGCAAUAAUCUUGUUGGGAUUCUCAAUUUCAUUACCUUUUUGCUCUCUAUUCCAAUCAUCGCCGGUGGUAUAUGGCUCAGCCGACAGGGCACCUCCGACUGUGAGAAAUUUCUCGACACGCCCGUCAUCGUCAUCGGAGUUUUCCUUCUGCUUGUCUCACUCGCGGGUUUCAUCGGCGCGUGCUGUCGCGUGAGAUGGCUUCUCUGGAUUUACCUUUUCGUCAUGUUCCUUCUCAUCGUCCUCCUCUUCAUCUUCACCAUGUUCGCCUUCGCCGUCACCAAUAGAGGCGCCGGAAAAGUUCUCUCGAACAGAGGCUACAAGGAGUACAGACUCGGUGAUUACUCCAACUGGCUCCAGAAUCGCGUUAGAAACAACAAAGACUGGAACAGAAUCAGAAGCUGUUUGGUCGACGGCAAGGUCUGUUCUGAAUUCAACCAAAAGUACACCCGCGAUACCGUUGAGCAAUUCUACCAAGAACACUUAUCUUCAAUUCAGUCUGGGUGCUGCAAACCGGCAGAUGAGUGUAAGUUCACAUACAUGGCGCCAACUCAGUGGUCUAAACCGUCGAAUUCUUCAAGUUCUUCGAAUCCAGAUUGUGCUUUGUGGGAUAAUAACCCUGAAACUCUGUGCUUCAAUUGCGAAUCUUGCAAAGGUGGAGUGUUGGAUAAUUUGAAGAGGAACUGGAAGAAAGUGGCGAUUAUUAAUAUUGUUAUAUUGGUAUUUCUCAUCAUUGUUUACUCCAUUGGAUGCUGCGCUUUCAGGAACAGUAAAGAGGAGAAUCACUAUCCCAGAUGGAAAUGAACUCACUAGAAUUUGAUUUUUGUGUUUAAUUUAUUUCAUUGAUCAUGCUCUGUUUUGAUUUUGUGUUCUAGUUUCAGCUAUGUAGGGAUGUAUUUAGUGGUAUUGUUUUCUUGUAGCUGUUUUAUGGCUAUUAUUUGCUGUGAUAUAUGAAUAAAAUUUGGGGACUUUCGUGUUCCCGUGGAACCUAGACUCCUGAUUAAUUUUGAAA